UCAAAACCUCAUCCUCCUCACCCUCUUCAUGAUGAUCCUCCCUCUCCAUAGUUUGUUUGAAUCUAGUGAUGCCAAAUGCACCCCUUCUUCUUGCGGCAACCUUCACAAUAUCGGCUACCCUUUCCGUCUCAAGGGCGACCCCAAGAAGUGCGGUAAUCCAAGAUUCGAAUUAGCAUGUGAAAAUAAUGUGACCUCCCUUUCCCUUAACUCUCACAAAUACUAUGUCAAAGCAAUCAACUACAGCAAACACUUUUUGUUCAACAACUCCACCAUCAGGCUGGUCGAUGCUAGCAUAAACAAAGACAACAUGUGCUCGUUCCCCACCUAUUCCCCAUACACACACAACUUCACCUAUCCUUAUCCUUAUGCCAAUCCUGACCUAAUCCCGGUUUAUCCUACCGAUCCGUAUAAUAAUGAUAAACCUUUCCCUAUUAACUUCAUAAGCUGUCCGAACCGCUUGAGCAAUUCUUCCCUUAUUUUCACUGAUAUCACUGCUCACUGUGGCUCUAAUUCAUCCCAUCAUCAUACAUAUGCUUAUGUCAAGGUCGGGCGCAUGAAGGUCUCAGAAAUGCCACACACAUGUAAAGCAGGUGUAAUGGUGAUGACAUUCGGGGAUUUCAAGAAUUUGAGCAAUGUUUCGCUUUCGGAAAUCCAUGAGGCCCUCUUGUAUGGAUUUGAAUUCACCGUCAACCCUGUUUAUGUAAUCUCCAAAAGAUUUAUUAUGAUUCUGGGAUCUGGAGGGCUUAUCGCAUGGCUUGUGGUCUUUCUGUGUUUGCUGUGUUCAGCUGUGAGCCCACCUCUAUUCACCAUCUGUGGAUUCUGUGCUGUAUUAAUACUGGUUUUUGUUAUAGCGUCAGUGUUUCUUACGUUGGCCGCCGGCCUUCUACCAGCUAAACCUCUAUACGUUGCGGCCUUGCUAUCUAACCCGCUAAUCAUCAUCGACUUCAUCAUCGUGUCAUCAAGGGUUACGAUUUUUCCUUUGGCAUUGUGGCUUUUAAUAUGCAAAUUUCGAAAAAGGCAUCAAUCCGCAUACAACACAAUAGAAUCCUACCUCCAAAGUGAUAACAAACUCUCGCCAAUCAGAUAUUCAUAUUCUGAUAUAAAAAGGAUGACAAGAGGUUUUCGAGAAAAACUAGGUGAAGGAGGCUAUGGAUGUGUCUACAAAGGAAAACUUCGAAGUGGGCAUGACGCAGCGGUUAAAUUGCUGGGAAAAUCCAGUAAAAAUGGGAAAGACUUCAUGAAUGAAAUAGCUACUAUUGGAAGGAUACACCAUGUGAAUGUAGUAAAACUAAUCGGAUAUUGUGCACAAGGCUCCAAGCGUGCUCUCAUCUUUGAUUUCAUGUCCAAUGGUUCUCUUGAUAAAUACCUUUUGAAUCGAGAUAAAAUGAAUACCUUAAAUUGGGAUACCAAGUUUGAUAUUGCAGUUGGAAUAGCUCGAGGAGUUGAGUAUUUGCAUCGAGGGUGCGACAUCCAGAUUCUUCAUUUUGACAUCAAGCCUCAUAACAUACUCCUCGAUGAUAACUUCAUUCCCAAAAUAUCCGAUUUCGGGCUAGCAAAGUUAUGCUCCAGGGAUAAAAAUGCGGUGACAAUGACUGCUCCUAGAGGAACCAUUGGGUAUGUUGCUCCUGAAUUGAUCAACAGAAGUAUUGGUGUAGUCUCUUAUAAAGCUGAUGUGUAUAGUUAUGGGAUGUUGCUUAUGGAAAUGGUGAGCUUAAAGAGAGAUUUGACAAGGAACAAUGGUAGUUCCAGCCAGUAUUUUCCGUAUUGGAUAUAUGAUUGCUUUAAGGAGGGCAAAGAUAUUCAAGUUGAUGGAAAUGAAGAUAAUCCCGCCAUUACCAAACUUGUUCGUAAAAUCACAAUAGUUGCGUUGUGGUGUAUACAGAUGAGUCCAGAUGCCCGUCCAUCCAUGAAUAAAGUUUUGGAAAUGUUGGAAGCUGAUGUUGAGCAUUUGAAGAUUCCAGAAUAUCCAUCCGAACCUACGCAGAUUGUAGUAAAUGCGGAGGAAACUGGAACUACAUUUUCAAGUGAAUAUGUAUCAGCACUACAACAUCAUGAAGAUGCACCUGGUGUGGAGAUAAGUGUGCAAGAGUGAUCUAAUUUGGAGUCCAUCAGCUUCAACUGGUGAAGAAUGUAAUGCUGCAUAAACUUAUAUUUUGAUUGGUUGUGAAGAAGGAUAGGAUUGAGAUUGUCCUUUUGCUUGUCUGUAGACUAUAAUAACUAAUGCCAAGUUUUAUUGCAACAUUAUUAAUAGUAUAUGUGAAGAUCUGGUGUCAAGUUUGUGGUUUUC